AUGCGGUUCGAAGCUGCAUUGAAAGAAUUGGAACGCAUCAGUUGUUGUGGAGGGGAAGAGGAGGAACAAUGGCCAUUGAUGAAUGAGAUCGUCGGUAACGACGAUGACUCUAUCAGAGUGGUGAGGUUUCUUGAUGGUCGUCGCAAGGUCGAGUCGCCGGCAUCUUCGCCUUCGCCGUUUGUCCAUACUUUCGGCGACAUGUGGCCCCUUCGGGGAGGCGGCGAUGGUGAAGACAUUGGCUGCUGGGCGAAUUGCGAAUCCUGUGGCGGAGGUCGUCGACGAAAAGAUAGUGCUUUAGAGGUCCACCAGAAUACCACGCCGAAGUCUAAGAGCGACAAGUGCACCCGCACGGAAACAAGAAAGCAACAUGAAUACCUCCAAGACCUUCAUCUUGAUGCUCCACGCACGCCACUGGUGGUCACCCUCGGCCCGACAAGCGACUUGGACUGGCUCAGGUUCUCCUACCUGCUCCGCAAUAAGAACCUGAGCUUCGACGACAUUGCAGAGCUUGUAUCGCGAUAUGUGCCCGAUGAUGGCGAUCUCCCGGAGAACGAUGUCGCGCAAGAAGAGGUUACAGCUGUCGGAGAGUCGGACGCGCGCGACAAAACAUGGCGGAUUUCCGUACGUCGAUCGGGCGUUGUUGAAUGGGACGUGUCGACCCUUGGGAAAGAAGGGCAUGCAUCAACAACGAGCGGCGGUGGAAACGACAGAGUCCAGUCCAGUGAGCCAAGCUGCGGAGCGGAACUUCUUAAGACCAACGGCAUAGACGUCUGCCACCACGGUCCACCCCAACCCUCAAAUCCUCUGGAGAUUGUGAGGAUCGACGGAACGACGGAGCAGUCACCCAGACAGGAUGAUGUCGAAGAUCUAGACCAUUCUGAUGAUCGACGUUCCAGCGAAGACCAUGAGAUAUCCCGAUCAUGUUUCUCAUCCGACUCUUCAGCUGACUCGGUCGACUUUUCGAAAGCGGAAAUUGGUAUGCAGGUCACCAGGAUGAGACCUACAAUGUUAUCCUGGCUGAGGCCAAAGAGGAAAUACGACAGCCUCCAAGAAAACACACGACCAAACUCACCAGGUCCUAAGGAAUCCUCUGUAGGCCUCUGGAAGCGAAUCAGCAGAACAACAUCCCACUCCACAAUGAACACCACUCUGGUGGGGAAGUUUGACCAGAAGUUGCAAGCCAAACUCUCCAACGCCAAGUUACGAGCUUCUGGCGCAAGCCAGAUAUCAGCCAACGACUGCCAUCCUGCGUUCAGGGAACAAGCCGACGCGUCAAAUGCCCAACCAGAUCUAUCCACCUCAGCUCACAUCCUCAACGCCAUGCGAAAUCUCAACAGCCAUCGCGCAAGCCAAAGCGUGCCUAGCGACACCAAGUCCCAAAGACACGUAACGCGUGUCACAUCGCUGGACGUGAACAAAGGACUUCCGCCCCUGCCCCCGGAAGCGCGACGGCUCGCGCACCAGGCUUCACACGCGAGGUUGAAGGACCUGCAGGCUGUGAAGAAGGUGGAUAUUCGGAAGGCGAUCAAUGAGUAUCCAGGCCAGUCCCACGAAAAAGACCCGCGAUGGACAGCAGUUGACACCUACUCGUUCGGACACCUCCACCCCUCCACGCGCACAUCCCCUUCCCCAUCCGCCCUCCAACACGCCCUCGACGCCUCUCAGAAAGCAGGCCUGCCAGACAUCGCCGUGUCGCCCUCCCAAGGCAAAUACCUCCAACUCACCGCACGCCUCGCACGCUCCAAGAACAUCCUCGAAGUAGGCACAUUGGGCGGAUACAGCACCAUCUGGCUCGCAACAUCCAGUCCCAACGUAAGAGUAAUAAGCGUCGAAGUCGAUAUGCACCACGCCAAUGUCGCACGGUCGAAUAUCCAGACCGCGGGUUUGAAAGACAAUGUGGACAUCAAAGAAGGGCCUGGUAUGGACAUCCUUCCUGCUCUGGCACAGCAGGUCAGAGACGGCAAGAGGCCGAAAUUCGACUUCGUCUUCAUUGACGCGGAUAAGGAGAAUAACUGGAACUAUGUGGAUAUAGCGCUGGGUAUGUGUGAGGCGGGUGCAUGCGUUAUUGUGGAUAAUGUGGUGCGGAAGGGGCAGUUAGCGGAAGAGACGGAUGAUCCCAGGAUUGCUGGGGCGAAGAGGGUGGUGGAGAAUGUGGGGAAGGAUGAGAGGCUGGAUGGUGUGGUGUUGCAGACGGUUGGGGAGAAGUCCUACGAUGGGUUCUUGCUUGCUGUUGUGAAGUAG